AUGAGCCUAGCUCGGGCUGCAAUCUGCCUAGCCAUUGUUCUCAAGUCCAGGAUUCCAUACUUUGAGGUCAAUUCCAUUUCUUUGCCAGUGUUUGCCAAACACAAUUUGUUGAGAACCACGCUGUACAAUGGAAUCUCACUGACCGAAGGACCAGGCACCUCCAAAUUACUCAACCAUGCGUGGUGUUACCGUGCAAGAUUAACAAACGUUGUGACGGACUCCAUCGCCGCGAUUUGGGGCGAGGCUUCAAGGCAGAGCCCAGCACGCUGGAUGCCAACACCGAAAUGCGGAGACCGCCUCCAGCGCAUUGAAACACCAGACGAAAUGGAAAUGGCCCACGCACAAAAACGCCCGUCGCGACCACACCGUGUCUGCAUCCGGCACACUUUCUUCGCCCGCGCUUCUCGCCAAACGGGUUGCGAGAACAAGCUGUAUCAGAACAAAGAAGCCUUCUUCUGA